AUGGGGACCCAGCUUCGUCUAGACCCUGAACGGAAGAAUUGGUUGAGCCAUGGCCCUUCUGAUCCUGAAGAAAGAGAUCAAGAAUGUGCUCAACCUUUGUUUAAUAGAUCGUAUGUGCCGAAUCCUCAGUUUCACAGCGCACAUAAUCCAAAAAAAAAUGAACCGAUACAGGAAAACUCAAAUUCUUAUCAGCCACAGGGAGAUUCAACCCAUCAUCGAACUGCAUCCAGUCCUUCACGACGCAGACAUUCCAUUGGUUUCAAGUUAAAUCAUGGUAAUCGACCCAAAUCUCUGUCGGUUGCUAGAAAUCAAAAAAAUUCACAAACGCCUCAGAAUCAUCCUGUUCCAGUAAAGAAGGAUUCCCUUUUUGAUGGAGCUUCUUUGUCAAAUAAUUCAAGUAAAAGCAUAAGAACAACCAAUGUUCAGUCUAAUCUUCUCUCUCCUGGCCAGUUAUCGCCCGUGAACAGUUUUGACUUGGAAAAUCCGUUCAUGUCUGAUCGAUCUUCUAUAAGUAGUAUGUCAAGCAAUACGUUGAUGCAGUCCAAGAGUAGAUAUUCCAGUGAAAAAAUGACGGGAUCGUCCUCACCCACAAAAGAACAUGUUCCAAAAAUUACGCUUAAUACUCCUGAUCUUAAACCUGUACCUUCAACAGCAUCUACGCGUCUCGUCCAAAUGCGCCAUCAUGCUUACACUCACAGCGACGUUACUGAUAGAACCCUAUUGACCUGCGAAACGUACAUUCCCCUUGAAGAGCAAGGGUUCCUUGGAAGAUUUCUAUCCUUAUUCUUAAACGUUGAUGUAAGUGCCUAUGUGGUUCCCAUCGAUAGCUCUGUUGAUCGUUACGGAAAAACAUUGGGAAGCGUUCUUUCUCGUCUUAGAACGGAGGAAUCAAACGACAUUGAAAAAAGUAAAUUUGGCGAGCUAAAUACUACGUCUUCAUUUGAUAAAGGGAAGAUCUAUCUUGGUGGCAUAUUAUAUAAACUGGGUUGGUCAAAAUUGUACGUGGACGAUCAAUUUCGAAUUACCAUUCAUCCAUCUCCUCUUAGUAAACGAUGCGAGUUUAUACUUUGCUUGUGUGAAACACUAAUGCUGUAUGGGUGUCCAAGCCAUAAAAUACUGCGAAAUCUUCGAGUAGCUUCUCGCAUUUUAAGUCUACGUGCAAAUUUUCUUUACCUUCCUGACUGUAUGCUUAUUUAUUUUAGGACUGAAAAGGGACACUCAGAUAUGCACUUUAUAGGAAUUACAUCACAGAUUGAUUUGAAUAAACUUGGUUUGGUUAAUGAAAUUUACCGUUAUGUGAUGCGGGAUAAACUAAGUGCUGAGGAUGGUUUGGACAUUUUGAGAACAAUCAUAACUUUUCGGCCACUUUAUCGAAAAUGGUUGGUUGCUUUUAUGCAUGGUCUCGCCAGUGCUUGUAUCUUGCCUGUAGCCUAUGGUGGAGGAUGGUAUGAUAUGCCGUUAGGAUUUUUGUUGGGACUGCUAUUAGGGAUUCUACGAGUGUAUCUUGCUCCUCGAUCAUCCUUGUUUGACAGACUGUUUGAGGUUUUUGGAGCUGUUGUUUUGUCAUUUAUAGGGCGGGCAUUUGGAAGUAUCAGCAAAAAUGGAAGACCCGUAUUCUGUUUUACAGCUUUGGUCGAGGGCGCUGUUUCUCUAGUUUUACCAGGUUAUAUUAUUUUUUGCGGAGUGCUGGAAUUACAAUCCAAAAACAUAGUUUCCGGAGGAGUUCGCAUGCUCUAUGCUGUCAUCUUUUCAUUGUUUUUGAGUUUUGGUAUUACAAUUGGGGCUGUUCUGUAUGGUUGGAUGGAUAGUAACGCUACGAGGAAUUAUUCGUGUUUAAAAGAUAUAGGGAUUGAAAAAAAAUGGUAUGUUCUUUUUAUACCUUUGUAUACACUUUCUUUGUUGUUCGUUACGCAAUCGCAUCCCAAGCAGUGGUGUAUGCAGAUAUUAGUAUCUAUCAUCGGUUAUGUUGUAUAUUUUUAUUCUUCAUUACAUUUUGGUACAGGUCAGAUAUCUAGCGCACUUGGCUCUUUUGUGAUUGGAUGUUUGGGUAAUUUAUAUUCACACUUUAUCAAGUCUUCUUCUUUUGUCGUUGUAAUACCUGCCAUAUUCGUGCUAGUUCCCUCGGGUUUCACUGCUCAAGGAGGUGUGAGUGGUGGUUUAUACACGGCAACUAAUAUUGCAAGUCAUAAUACAACGACAAAUACGACUGCAUACUCUCAAUCCAUCAGUCAGCAUAGCAGCUUGGAAUUUGGGCUUACAAUGGUUGAAAUUGCUAUAGGAAUUGCUGUCGGAUUCUUUGCUAGUUCAAUUAUAACCUAUCCGAUUUUUGGGGCCUUUGCUAGAGCUCAAGCUCGAAACAAACAUCUUGAAAGUAUUUGA